GCAGCGGCAGCGGCAGCAGAAGUCAGUCGGUCCUGUGGUACUCUGGAGUUACAGCUAGCAGCCAAUAGUAGCAGUCGGAGUACUUGUAUGUUCCCGUACCGUCGUGCGUUACUUUCUGGCCGUUAACGGAGCUCAGUCUGUUGUCGUCGGUGUGAUGGAACUGGACAAAAUGGACGAGAACGACUGGAAGUAUCACGGAGAGGGGAACAAGAGCCUGGUGGUCUCACACGUACAGCUUUCCAGAGUUUUACGCCUGCUCAAGUAUCCGGCCGAGGACUCUGAAAAUCCACCACAGACGGUGGAGCAGGCCUUUCGGCAGAUCCAGAACAUUGUUGACUUCAGCUCCAACGUGAUGAGCAGCCUGUUGGGAGAGAAGUUCAUCCACAGCGGGGAAGUGGUCAAAUUGCCGCUGGAGUUUGUGCGACAGCUGUCAAUAAAGGUUCAACAUCAAAGACCAGCCUGGCGCUGUGAUAAGGUGAUGGACAUCUACAGUGGCUGUGCUCUCUGCCUGCCCAACCUGACAACUCCAGCCCUCCACCAGCCAACACACACUCCUCCACUCUGCAUCGAGAUCAAGCCUAAAUGUGGCUUCUUGCCGUCCUCCAAACAUGUCAGCAAAGACAUCAAGACCAAAGUGUGCCGCUUCUGCAUGCACCAACACUACAAGGUGGCCAACGGGAAGUGGAAGAGACGCAGUCUGUACUGUCCUCUAGACCUGUUCUCAGGGAACAGACAGAGAAUGUACUUUGCCAUCAGACAUCUGAUAGAAGAACCUCAGAACAACUUUAAAAUCUUCAAGGGCGGUCAGUGUAUCUACAGCAGUAAGGAGGGCAGUGACGAUUCGUUGGACCUGAACUCUCUUCUUCAUCACCUCAGACCGUACUUCAUGUAUGGAAACAACCGACUCAACAGUCACAUGACCAGCAAAGCCGUCCUGAACGACUUCAUCCAGGUCCUGGUGAACGCUCUGCUGGGUGGUGGAGGAGGAGAUGGAGGGGUGGUGACGGACAGACGAGGAGAGGGGCGGAGCUUCUGUGAAGGGAGUCUGUUCAACAAGGAAAGGAUUCGCCACAGCUCUCAGGGUUUACCCAGCGACAGCGUUUUGUUCAGGAUUCUUCAGACUCAGAUGCUGGACACGCUGGACAUUGAAGGACUUUAUCCUCUGUACCGCAGAGUGGAGCAGCACCUGCAGGACUUCCCCAAGGAGAGAAGUCGUCUUCAGAUGGACGGGCCGUACAACGAGGCCUUCCUGGAGAAGCUGCAGAAAUGUCCGACUGAGGAUGACGGCUCUGUGGAGUACGCUGUCGCCAAGGUCCAUCAAUACCGCGUUGCCAUGACAGCCAAGGACUGCUCCAUCAUGGUCGCCCUGGUGCCCAGCUGUGAGGAAGAAGAGGAUGAUGAAGGUCUCUCCAGUCAGAGGCGGCUCAGGGACUUCCUCUCCUCCCGACCUCCUGCUAUCUCUUACUUUGUCUCCAUCUUGGAUCUCGACCCGAAGCCGUUCGACAGCAUCCCCUGCCAGCUGCGCCUGGACCAGAAGAUCGUCUCCUGCUACCUGAGGACUGGCGGUGCCUUGCCAAGGGGCUCCCUGCCGUCGCUCCCCGGCAUCAUCUCAGCUGCGGAGAGAGAGGAUUGCACGCUGCUCUUUCACCCAGUGUGACCCCCCCCAAAAAAAAACUGGAUGACCCUGAAGACGAAAACUGACGCCACGCUGAUGCCUCAAAUAGAGUAACCAUGUUGAUACAGAGGUCAGGAACCACUUCAGACCAGACGUGUUGAUCCGAGACUUUACUGCAGCACUUUCUCUUCACUCAGCUCAUGUCGACAGGUAUCAGCUCCAUCUGCUGCUGCUGCUCAGCAAAAUUCAAAUCUCCAGGAAGUCACCACUCAAUCACCAGACGUUUGAGUGACUUCCAGAUAUUUCUGUUACUGAUCUUUGAGUUUUUGUUGCGUCGUGGCCACUGAUGUCUCACUUCUGUCAGGAGGUGAAACCCAACAUCACCGCUCUGUUCUGUCAUGAUUCAUAUUUAUUAGAAAACACACAGGGAGCUUUGCUCUUUCCUCUUUAGUGACAGCGUUCGGACUAACCUCCUGACAGGCCUCUUUUUUAAAGGCCCUGACACACCACGCCAACGGUCGGCUGUUGGUUAAUGUUGAACCGUCAGUGAGCAUCCGUCUCUAGUGGCUGUGGUGGGUCCCGCACCGUCUGCCCACCAUCGUCUGCUUCUUUUCCACCAAUUCAAUACGCUGAAAAUACGACGUGGCGGAGAGUCAUUGACUGAAACCACACUGAUUGGCAAUCCAGCUCAGCGUGCAAGAAUGAAAACAGAAGUGAGGAAAGUAAACAAAAACCUGAAGUUUAGAGGGAGUGAGGUUGAAAUAAUCUUGUUGUAUAAGGUAAGAUUAUUUACCUUUAACCAUUGAGCUCGUUAGCAGAAAUGUUCCUGAUGGUUUGUGUUAUUGUUCACUGGUGCACAGAAAUUAUGCUCUGUUCUUUCAACACUGUGUUGUGUUGUUGAUGUGCUAACCGGCUAACCAGCGCCAAGACAGUUGUCCUGUUUUUAUUUGUGAAUGACUAUUACAGACAACCACGGCCUGCUGGUAUGGAGGGGUAUCUCCUCUCACGCAGGCUGGUUGGCAGUUGGUUUGGUGUGUUCAUGUGCAACUCUUUAGCUGAGACAUGGCGACAUGAGGGGACGCAGCAGGGGGCUUUCACUGAUGAUAGCUCUCUGAUGUCAGUUUGGUGUGUCUGGGCCUUUAAGGUUGUCAUGGCAACAACAUGACCAUUCUCGUCCUCUGUGUCAAUGCUGACAGUAAAGCUGGGAGAAAAAGACAGAAGAGAGGAGAGUGAAAGUGAUGGAGAGAUAUGCAGGUCGUUGGGCGUUGACGUACGUAUGAUGUCAUUUCCUGAAUGUAGGCGGGGCCUCUGGUGGACUGAGGCGAAGCCAAAAUAUGUUUGUCCAGGUUGGACUGGUGUUCUCUGAAGCAUCACUAUGGUAACAGAAGCACUGGUUACCAUAGCUGCAGCCACAGAGGAGGUCUGUGCGUGUCUCAGUUCUCUACUGGACUCCACGGAGGUUUUCAGUCCAACUCGUCACAAUGAUCGACUGAAAACCCUCAUGAGAGCUGCGAGACGACAGCAAGCGAUGCUUCACCUCCCUGUUUGUUUUUGUUUGACUCCCGUUCAUUUAUUGGCAGCGUGUUAACGCGUUCUCACAUCAGGCAUUUUGUGCCCAGAAUCUAUUAAAGGUCAAAUACUUAUGAUUUUUUUUUUUUUUAUUAGGGAGGAGAGUUGAGUGUCAUUAAAGGGUCAGUUCACCCAAAUACUAAAAGUUUUCCCUAUUUCCCAUAAUGAAAUCAAUCCAAUUUUUGUUUUGAUUUCAGUCUUUGCUGCAAAAAUAAUAAUGUUUGUGAUUCUCAUAACAUAGGAAAUUAUAUUUCAUAUUUGACUUCUGAACCAUUUUGGAGAAAAUAGUUGUGCCCCCCCCCCAAAAUAAAAAAAGAAAAGAAAAAGAAAUUCUUAAAUUGUAUUUUUCAGUGCCAAAAAUGUAAAUUCCACUCCCCUUCAUUAUGUUGGAGGCAGAAAUCUCAGACGCAGCUGUCUAAAAUGCCUAGACAAAUUAAAGACAAUCACAAAAUCAAUCUGCAUGGUAGGUUUCAUUACAUGGAAGACAAAAACACUCAGUGGCCACGUUAUUGGGUAAACCUCUUCAGUGCAAUGUCAUCCAAUACAACAGCUCUGUUAUAAAUUCAAUCUUUAUGUAACUUUUGUUGUUACUUUUCUUUUGAUACUGUCAGAGAGAUUAUAUUAAAGAGGUGUUUCUAAUUUUUGUUUGGCCCAUUCACAUAUGUUAGGCCGGCACAACUCAAUAUAAUACAGUCCAAUACACCACCAAGUAAUACCUCAAUAAUUAGCUUAUAGUUGAAUUAACACUUGAACAUUGUAAGAUGGGUAAGGGUAGCAUUACUGACAGAGCUGUUGUGUUGAAUUGUAUCAGUUCAUACAGUUGUAGUCCUUUAUGUACUGGGUGUGUAUAUAAGAAGAAGUAGUAAGAAAUUGGGGUGAACUGACCCUUAAAGGUCCAGCUGGGACCUCUGACCAGCAGCUCUUGUAGGAUUCUUCAAGUGAAGACGUUUGUGUCCAGCUACCUUUUCUGUUCUUACUGAAAACCUCCUGUUGUGUUGAAAAAGAAAAAGCACAUUAUUUUAAAUCUUUUUGUUUUGAGAGCAAGGUUCAGCUGGUUUUCUUUUGUUGGCAUUUUAGUAGUUGUCUAACUGGGAAUCUCCACUGGACGUGAGACGUAAGCGUUCGGCCAUCGAAUCCACACUGACUCCGUCUUCUGUAAACGUCUCAGCAGCUUCCAGGGAGCUGAGUGGACAGUGCCAACCUGUCUUCAGUGAGGGGAACCUGGCUGUAGUAAAGAAAAGCUCACAGACGGACAUAGACGUGAUCAAAGCACAUAUACAGCACGAUAUUUGUGUAAUUUCAACAGCUGUCCGAGCAGAUUGUGCUUUACUAAACGCUGCAAAAACGGGCUGACAGAGUAAGUAACACACGGCUUAAGUGUGGAUUGAUGAAUAAAGUGGGAGUGUAUCUGUUCUUUGAGGGGCCCAAAUUAAGGACGUCAGAAACGCUUUCAGUGGGGAUUGGCCAAAACACUCCAGAUUGGUAGCUUUGUAAAGGUACGGUUACAUUACACUUUGGUGUGGCGAAUAUUUGCUCCGUCUCCUUUUCAGAGUGGAAGCAAAAACCAUAAAUUCCGCAACGAAUUGCUGUUUUGGUGUGGACUCGCAGGUCAGAGUUCACCUUUGACCUGUGAUUUCACACCUUCUGCGGACAGAAACACUGAUGCAGUGUGUCGUCACACUGCACUGAACAGAAGACUAAUGUGACUGUACACUGGCAGAGCAGGACGCAGAGCCAGAGGACUUUAACGUGAAACUUUCUGUCUCCACAGUGUCCGCUCUGCUGUGGAUCAAUCUGACCCACCAGAGCAAAGGAUGCUGGGUAACAGAGGGCAGUCCUCAUCAGACAGGCUGAGCAUCAUGCUGCUGCUCCGCUGGUUUUUGUGCCAUAAGUGGCUUGUUGUGUGUUUGUCCAUGUGCCUAAAUGUUCUGUUAGGACUGGAGGGUGGAGGGUGGUGUGUGUGUGUGUGUUGAGAAAACUUUGUUACAGGCUGCGUUCACAGCUGAGAUCUGACACUAAUCUGCUUUGUCGACAUCAGAUCAGUUUCGGAGCUGCUGUGGACGCAGCCGUGAACUCUCAGUACCUCGAACUCCUGACGACCCAAACUGAAUCUCAACAGGGUCGUCUGAUGUUUGCAAAACAAUGCGUUCUGGAGCGCUGGGAGGUUUGGGCGAUGGUGUCACCUGGAGUUGAGACUUGUACCCAGUUUGCAGCUCUUUGUUACCAUCAGCAGAUGAGUGUUGACUUCAGUGUCAGGACUUGGGUCCAGAUGUUGCUUGUGUUCGGAUUGUCGCGGGUCUUUGUGUUGUCAGGUACAAACCUGUGAUUUCCUCUCCUGGUGGCGUCAUCGUCCUCUUAAACCAGCAGCGCUCACAGAAGCUUCAGAUAAACUGGUAACACUUGACUUCAGUUCCUGUUUACAGUGUCCACUCUCCAACCUUCACCGCCUCCAACAGCCAGUCAAACGACUGAAGACGAAAUCACACUACAAGACUGAAACUUAAGACGAGUUAAUCCUUCACAGUCAGCUCUGAUCUCCCAACAUCAGGCAGCAGGUGAUGAACGACCGCUGCCUCGUUCAUCAGCAUCAGGUGGACGUCGCUGUGACGUGAGACGAUCACAUGUCCGCCCAGUCAUCAGCAGGGUCACAUGGUCAACAGUUCUGUUAAAUCCAAACACUAACAUAGUUUAAAAGACAACAAAUCUCAAUCCGUCAAUCAGAACUCCCUCCAACAUUUGUUACUCUGGACAGUUUGACCUUUAACCCAUCACGUCACCACCUUUUUUGACUGAUGCCUUCGCUGCCUGGUUGUGUGGGAGACGGGGGAGUUAAAGGGCUGGAGUUUGGACAGCAGCGAACUGAACCAACCACUGAUCGUUCUAACUGUUGAACUGAAGACGCAACAGGCAGCAUGGCAGGAAAGCAGAGGCUCAUGGGAGUUAAGAGAGAGGAAGGUGGGAUCUCUGUCUGCGCCGUCUCUGAGUGAGACAGUCGAAGAUUUGAUGUCACUUUGACUUGAUUAAUUUUAAAACAUACAAAUAUACAAACUUCAUGCCAAUUAAUCUGAUCACAAAUACUGCAGAAUGUUGUCAGCGUGAUCCUGAGAAAAAGUAGCUGCAAUUUGUGUCUCAUCACAUUUUAGGGUUUUGGACGGUUCAUGUUAUCAGACCGCUCAAGGCGUUUUUAAGACUGCAGCUUUGGUUUAACAGAUGCAGUGUAUAUAACCAUUAUUAGGUGUUUUGUUGUAUUGAACUAACGAAUUUGGCUUACAUGAGACAUCAAUCUUGAUUUGCUUUUUCAGGCACCUCCACAUUAUUUAUUUGGAUAUAUCGGAUGUUUGAGAAAAAUCUGUCAUUAUGAUAACCCAUCAGGAGGUACAUUCACAUCCAUAAACUGCAGAUUCUGCACAAAAAGACAAAGACAUACCUGCACACCAAUAUCUUGUUCCCGAUUUGACUUUGACUCUACAUGGCAAUGACAAAGUUUUCCACCAAGCAUGUUUCCUUAGACUGAAACACUGUCAUUUCUGUGUAGGAUAAAAAGACUUUUUAUCAUAACUUUAUCUGACUAUCUAUCAGGUAAAUCUCAGAAGGUCAUUUAACAACACAACAGACGUUUUCAAGAACAAUCAAAGACUUCUCUGUCGAUCUGGAUAAAAAAGAUUACG